AUGGCGGCGCCGAGACCUAUUCUGCCUAUAGCGGCGAAUGAGAGCCAGUCUGAGGACCCGCGUGGCGCGAACAGCAUUGGGCCAACGCAGAUGAGCAGCCAGGCUUCGGCCCUCACGGUGUCCGGUCUGGAUGAUUUCGACCAGGAGUUUGCUCACUUGAGUGCUCUUCUCCAGGCUGAAUUGUAUGGCAGCAGCAUCCAAGACGACUCCUCUUUGAACGGACUGCUCGGCAGCAUCCCUGAGGGCAUCAACCAAGACCUCACUGCUGUUGGCAACAUCGCUCAAGGUCUCAAUACCACUGAUAACCUCAACCAGGGGCUCUCCGCCACUGGCUACACCGCUCAAGGCCUCGCGACCACUGAGGAUUUCACCCAGGGCUUUGCCGCCACUGAAGACAGUGACCCAUCUGCUGACUUCAACGCUUUCUUCGGCUGGGAUGGUGCCAGCCUGCCCGCAGCAUCAAACGUGACCGACGAGUUGGCCUUGGCCUUCCAAGGUGUCGGCUCUCAAUUCAACGACUUCGAUCACAUACCCGCACAGGACUUCACUGUUCAUCCGUGGCAGAAUGGCAAUCUGAAUGCACCAGAUCCAUCCGUCUUCCCACCUGGUUUCGAGAAGGCGGCAAAUGUGGCUUCAAGCACCCCAAUCCGCUUCAAUGCGUACGCGGUUGAGGGCCUUGAAGGGGAACUGCCUGAACUGCCUGAGACGAACGUGCCGGACCUCGCCUCUAUGGCCCGUGAUUUCGCUAGGAGUGCAGCAGUCGACCUUCUAACUCUUGGCGCUACUGACCCAGGUGUUAGAGAUUCUGAAAUCUGCUCUCUGCCACCACCAUCUGGAUUCGUCUCUUCUCAAUCAAACGUGCCAGGUCAUACGUACGUCGCUGCCAUCAACAACAACAUUACUGCUCCGCAAACCGACAACACCAUGGCCAGGAAGACUGUCAAUCCUCUUUACCCUGACCCCAUUUCAGAGAACACUCCAGCUGUCGGGGGAGCCAAUCUAGGUCUUGAAUCUGGUGAGGGCCUCCUGAAUCGUGUUACUCACACCGACGCUGCUCUUGUCCGUACUCCGAUGGAGACUGUUCCUGCUACUGCAAACAUGUCCUGCACUGCCGCCGAAGGUCGUACCGAUUCUUUCGCGAUGGGUGUGGCCCCUGUCAAUAAUGGUCCUGCUGGCGCUGUCGCAGGAAACGAUGGAUCCAAGGUCGUCAAGAAACGUGGUCGGAAGCGCAAGACGGAUGAUGAGAACAACAACACUGGCACUGGGUCCGGCAACGACAAACCAGCUCCGCGCAAGAGAGUCAGAGGCGCCAUCAAGAACCGAUAUUACGGUCCACGAGUUGACACCAGUGAGACAGCCACCACCUCCGCGAUCGAACCAAUGCAGCUCCAAAAGGGGGGACGCAGCGCCAGCCAGUCCAUACCGAACAGCAAGGACCCUAAUGCUCCCAAGUGGACUCGCCGAAUUCCAUCUCUCCUCGACUGCACCGACCCCUUCAUCUGUCCCGGUCCGGACAAAAACUGCUUCCACGCCUUCCAGAACACCGGCGGGUACUGGCUCCACGUCGAAAGCGUCCACGGCUUCAAGAGAAACAAGGUCUUAGGCGACCCCGCGUUCGCGGAUAUCAAGGCAAUCUUCGACCCACGUCCGCGGUCCUGGUGGCUCGCCCAGGGACAGGACAUCACGUACCAGGGAACUGACCGCAAGCAGAUCAACGCUCGCCGUCGCAUGGCGCAGGGAAUUCGCAGCAACGACCCCAACUACGUCGAGGAGGUGUACGUGAAGACCCCAGCUUCUCGCGUGUCUCAGAAUGGCAAGAACAAGACCGCGGCCAAGAGGGCGGCCAAGGAGGCAGCCAAGCAGGCGGCCAAGAAGUAG